ACCAAGUUACGCAACGCAGCGUUUUUAGUUAUCGAUGGCCGCACUAGCUCAGCCUGCGUGUUCCUUCACCACAUUCCUUGGUUGCUUCCGCCCUUCCCCGAGAAGCUUUUCUAAUAUUAGGGUUCAUCCCUCUCGGAACCUUUCGACCUCAAUGAGUCUACAAAGCUCCGAACCUGUCGCCACCAAAACCGAUCCUCCGACCGACGACGAUGUGCUGCUGCAGUACGUGGUGCUUCGGAGAGACUUAAUAGACAAGUGGCCUUUGGGGAGCGUGGUGACGCAGGGAUGCCAUGCUUCGGUCAGUGCCAUUUGGUCUCACAAGGACGACCCCCACACCCUCCAGUAUUGCAGCCCUGAUAACAUUGACUCUAUGCACAAGGUAACGCUUGAGGUGAAGGGAGAAACCCAGAUAUUGAACUUGUCAGAAAAGCUGUUGGCGGCGGGUAUUGCUCAUAAACUGUGGAUUGAACAGCCUGAAAACUUCCCAACUUGCCUGGCUACAAAACCCUACCCCAAGUCCAUGGUAUCGCCGUUUUUCAAGAAAUUGAAACUUUGCAAGUGAUUGUUUGAUGGUGGGUUCUAAAUCAUAAUUAUUUAGCUUGAUUCUGUUGAAUCCCUCUUUUGUUCUAAACUAUGAUUCUCUUGACAUAUGUUCCCUGUACGAGUUUAAAUUUUUAUAUUCAGUAUUGACGCAGCUAGAGCUAUUUGCCUA